GCUUCCUCCUCCCCCGAAAUGGCAGCGAGCAGCGACCGCGGCGAGCUGGUGCGACCAGCUGGCAAAGAUCCAAGAGAGACCAGCAGCAUGGAUGAACCUUUGCGCUUCUCUGACAUCAGGAUAGUGCUGUUGGGGAAGACUGGUGUGGGGAAGAGCUCUACUGGAAACACCAUCUUGGGCCAGGAGGUCUUUAAUGUGUCAGAUUCUGCCCAGUCAGUGACUAUGGAGUGUAUAAAGGCCAGAGCAGAGCUUGAUGGCUGUAAAGUAUCUGUGGUCGACACUCCUGGUCUGUUUGACACUGACCUGACAGAAACAGCAGUGAUUAACAGACUGGUUGAAUGUAUCAGUCUGUCCUGUCCUGGACCACAUGUCUUCCUCCUGGUGCUCAGACUAGGCCGCUUUAUUCAGGAGGAUCAACAGACGGUGAAGAGACUGCAGUGGAUCUUUGGUGAUGAGGCGUCUAAAUACACCAUCGUUCUCUUCACUGGAGGAGACCGACUAAGAAACAGGACCAUAGAGGAGUAUUUAAAAGAGGCGGGAAAUGGGCUGAGUCAAGUGGUGGAGAUGUGUGGUGGACGCCAUCAUGUCUUUAACAACGAGAACAUGGCAGACCGCUCUCAGGUCACUGAACUGAUGGAAAAGAUCUUCAGUUUGGUGUCAGAAAAUGGUUCUGGAUGCUACACCAACGAGAUGUAUGCAAGUGUGGAGAGAGCGAUUCAGGAGAGAGAGAACGAGCUGAGAAGCGAGAUGGAAGAGCUGAGAAACGAGAUGCAGGAGAGAGAGGAAGAGCUGAGAAACGUGAUGCAGGAGAGAGAGGGAGAGCUGAGAAGUGAGAUGGACGAGCUGUCUAAGGCUAAAAACAAGGAAAUAGACCAGUUGAGCUUGAGGCUUAGAGAAAUGGUUGUGAAAGAUGUGAAGAAUAAGAAGAAAUUUCCACAGAUCAGAAAAGUUGCAGAGCAGUGUAAACAGCAGUGAUAGUGACUCACUCAAACUCUCCUCUUCUCUCUCCAUCCUGUCCUCCUCAUUUAUCCCUGUAUCUGUAUCCAGUGAUCUCACCUCUUCAGUUUGUUCUGCACACAAGUGUAAAAUCUGCAUUUUAGGCUUUGUUGGGACAAUCUGUAUAGAGAAAGUAUGAAUAGGGGCUUUUAAAUAUUUCAUCAUUUGUCUCUUUAUUCUCUACGUUUGAGUCUGAAGCUUCAGAGAGCUAGAGUGAACCUGUGGGGUAAAGCUAAGCUACUGCAGUAAAAAGCUUCCUGCUACAGGUUUAAAACAUCUGACAGUUUUAUUAAUAUGAUGUAGAAUAUAAAUUUCACACCGUUAUCAUUUUAAAUAUUUAACACUUUAUCUUCUUUAGCUAACAGCUUACUGCACAGUCUAAACAUCUCAGACAGGUUCGCUAAAUUAAUGCAGAUAUGUUGUGCUAUGCAAGUUUCCCUCCUCCCACGAUCCUGUCAUUUUAUUUUAGUAAAUCAGGCUCUGGGAGGUUCUGGCUCAUUUGUCAAGCUGUUUUGUAGCGACCCAUGGUUGCCUUUUUUUCAGAAGAAACUUGUUUUUUUAUAAUAAAUAAAAACUGAAAUUUAGUACAAAUAUCAGUGAAUAAAAUCAUAAUAAGCCUCGUAAGACGAGUUAACCAUUUAAGACACACCUUUCUGAGUACAGCGGGUUUUUUAACAGUGUAAUGUAGUUUUGAUGGAGGUGACUAAUGCAUCCAAAAGAAAUCAGAGUCAGAAUUUACAGAGCUGAGAAACCUGAUUGACUUUUGGAGCAACACUGAAACCGACUACAUGUAAAAUUUUUUAUGUUAUGUUUUUACGUCACAUUAUCUUCUGUGAGUUUAUUGGCUGGUUGUAAAGCAGAAACCUGAUUACUGUCUGGGGCGGCACGGUGGCGUGGUGGGUAGCGCUGUCGCCU